GUCUUAGUUUGCUCUUCCCGCAGAGCUGUUUGGAUUUACUCCCUGAAACCAGCCUUUAAUUCUGUCUGUUAAAUAGUUUAAGGGAAAACACACCAGGAAUCUGAACACUUGGUCACCAUCUGUACUGUGUGGGUUUGAAUUUGAAACACCAUCAGGGUUUUCUGUCUUUUUUUCACAUUUUAAUCUCAUUGAAGAAGACAUAAAAGAGGAUGGGCGCUCAAUUGUCAAAAGGUGAAGCUACAGUGGACGGAAAAGCCGUGGCUGAGAAAGCCAAUGGUCAGGAAAAUGGCCAUGUGAAAACCAAUGGCGACGUCAAGCCAGAGGGAGAUGCAGUGGUAGCCGAUGGCAAUGGAACGGCGGAGGUUGCCAAGGAGACGGAGGCAGGAGAUGGCAUUGAAGCGGCACCUGCCACCGAUGGCGAAGCCGUCAAAUCUGAAGGCGAAGUGACAAAGGAAACCAAGAAGAAGAAAUUCUCAUUGAAGAACUCCUUCAAAUUCAAGGGCAUCCUGAAAAAGAACAAGAAAGGAAGUGAGGAGGGUGGGGAGAAUGCGGCCACGCCCACCGCCGAAGACAAACCUGAGGAAAAUGGCCAGACUGCUACGGAAACCAAAGAGGACGAGCCUGCUGCAGCAGAGACCAAUGAGACUCCAGCAACCGAGGCAGAGGCGGAGCCAAAAGCAGAGGCGGAGCCAAAAGCAGAGGUGCAGCCAGAAGCAGAGGCGGAGCCAAAAGCAGAGGCAGAGCCAAAAGCAGAAGACUUCACCCAGGAAGCAGAAGCCACAUCCACAGAGGAAACUUCAAAAUCUGACGAGUCCCCCACCUUAGCCUCUGACCCGGAGCCGGCCGCAGAGUGACCUCACUUUGCAAUGGCAACCAGACUGUUUUUCUUUAUUUGUUUUUUUCUUUUUGAGAUUGAAAUAUAUAAAUAUAUAUAAAAUAUAUAUAUACAAUAAAUAUGAGACUUGAGCCACUAUCUUAAAGCUACAGCAAUACUACAGAGAAACCAAGUUGCUUUACCACAUUUGCUGAUAAUGGUUACUAGUUCACGGAUUGUCCGGUUCUGUUCCUGACCCGUGUAUCUGUGAAGAGAACUCUAUGGUGCCACAGACUGGGAGUAUUGUCAUGAAUUAGGCUGGGAAUGCUCUGUGAAAGGAUCAGAACAACUGAUGGACUUUUCGCCUCAGAGGAAAAGAAGCAUUUGGAAGUGCGUGGCUGCCUGUUCACAAUCUUUUUCAGUAUUUUUCUUUUACUUUAUUUUACACUUGACAAAAUGACAAAUGACAAAUCAUCCUCUUAGGAGAUGGUUAAAGGACAAUGUAAAACCUCUCAAAGUUUUUUUUUCUUCAUGUUUUACAUUCCAAUUUUUUAACCCGGAAAUCUAUGGUGGUGAAAAACCUGUGAGAGUGGAUAGUUUAAAGUUUUAUUCUGUUUUAAUUCUGUUUUUACAGUUUUAUUCAGAUCCAUCUACACAUCUCAGAGUUUACGACAAAGGGGAAUUAAACCACUGCUUUUAUUAAACAUAUAUUUUUGUUCUGUUUUGUCUCUGUACAUACAUUUUCUGACUCUUUAUUUUGCUAACAUUUCCAGAUGUGAAUGAGAUGAUGUUGUAAGAUUAGGCCAAAUAAAUGUUUGAGCCCCUCCUUCUUUGUUUCAUGACUGCAUUUGUUUCUUUUUUUUUUCAGGCUCUAUAAAUGUAUGUUUUUUCCAUGAGCAAGUAACAAAGAUAUUUUAG